UCUUCAUUUUCUUUUCUCUUCACCCUUGCCAUUGAAGAAGACGAAGACCGCGAAGCACCCACAACCACCCAUAAACGAAGAUGAUUUUUGCAGAUUGAAGAUUCCUGUGAUGGAGAUGAUUUCUCCAGAGAAGAAGAUUAUGAAAACGAACUUGUGGCCUUCGAUUAGCCACCUCCAACAAGACCUUGCGAUCAGAUUCAGCAGCGAAAUAUGGGAAGAGGAGAGAGUUGUUUUUGACAGAAGAGAAGAGGAUAGCAUGGGAAGAAGGAUUGUCCCGUGGGUAACGAACACUUCUCUGAAGCCGAAAACAACUUAAAGUGCCUCUAUUGUUUACGGGUAUUUUUUAUUGGAAACAAUCUUGUCCUAGCCUUCAAAUUCAUGUUUCAAGGGUACAACUGUUCCAAAAACUGAACCCAAACUCAACCAAAUAAAAAGAUAAUAAACCAAACAACUCUGGGACAAAGUGCAUUUUCAGAAAGUCCUUUUUAGAUCCCAAAAGUCCUUUCCAAAGUCAUACAUUCGAAUCAGCGACAAUUCAAGGUUAAUAAGAUUUAAUAAGCACACAUAUACAAUAGAGACAACAAGGCAUCCUUGCACAACGCAUCAUUGGGCUGUCUUUUUUGUUUCCACUCAUAAACUUUCUAUGGUCACAUGCAUGUACCAUCAAGUGAAUAUGCUCCUUGCAAAAUCCGCCGUUAUUGUAUAAGAACAUUACUCACCUUACCAUGUGGAUUCAAUUUCCUUCUGAUAAAAACAGACAUGAGGAAUUGUCUUGCUCUGCCCUGUGGAAAGGGUAUCUCCAGGAAGGAUCAAAGCCGUCCCAUUGAUAACACAUUCAAGCUUCCUGCUCCAACACCAGUCUGGCCACCAGGUGAUGGGUUUGCCAGUGGGAUUAUCAAUCUUGGUGAGCUGCAAGUGGCACAGAUUUCAACAUUCAACCAAGUUUGGACAUCCUAUGAAGGUGGUCCAGAAAAUCUUGGGGCCACAAUCUUUGAACCCACAGGGCUACCAGAAGGAUUCUCUAUGUUGGGUUAUUAUAGCCAUCCUAACAACAAGCCCCUUUCGGGAUGGGUUCUUGUAGCACAAGCCAACUCUUCAACUUCAACCAGUAACCCAGCUCUAAAAGAACCACUUGACUACAAUCUGAUAUGGAGCACCAAGUCUCUGCAAAUUGAUCAAAAUAGCUCAGCCUAUUUUUGGCUACCAAACCCUCCUGAUGGCUAUAAAGCAGUAGGCCAUGUUGUGACCACAACACCGGACAAGCCAUCACUCGACAAAAUCCGGUGUGUCCGGUCAGACCUCACUGACCAGAUUGAGACACAUACAUGGAUUUGGGGGCCAAGAAAAUCGAAUGACUCCAAUGAGUUCAAUCUCUAUGAAACAAGACCAAGAAAUAAAGGAACUCAAGCUCAAGGCAUUCUUGUAGGCACAUUUCUAGCUCAAAAUAGUGGAAAUACUAGUGCUUUGGCUAUAUCCUGCUUCAAAAACACUAACAUUAACUUAACCUCCAUGCCUAAUCUACAACAAAUUCAAGCAAUAGUCAAGGCUUACUCUCCAAUCAUGUACUUGCAUCCUAAAGAGCAAUACCUCCCUUCCUCUGUAAACUGGUUUUUCGCCAACGGAGGAUUACUCUAUAAAAAAGGAGACGAGUCACAACCUGCCCCAAUACAACCAAAUGGCACUAAUCUUCCUCAGGAUCCUAAUAAUGAUGGUUCCUAUUGGCUAGAUCUUCCAGCAGACAGAGACAAUAAGGAAAGGGUUAAAAGGGGUGAUUUACAAAGCUCACGAGUGUAUCUGCACAUAAAACCCAUGUUUGGUGGAACAUUCACAGACAUAGCAUUCUGGGUAUACUACCCAUUCAAUGGACCAGCAAGAGCAAAAGUAGAGUUCAUCCCUAUUUCACUAGGGAAAAUCGGCCAACACGUAGGGGACUGGGAACACGUGACGCUAAGAGUAAGCAAUUUCAAUGGAGAACUCAAGAAGGUAUAUUUCUCACAACACAGUGGUGGUACCUGGGUCGAUUCCUUCGAUCUUGAAUUCAAGAACGGAAACAAACCCGUCGUAUAUUCUUCGCUUCAUGGCCAUGCGUUUUACCCUAAACCAGGGCUCAAUCCUCAAGGAACCAAUAGCGUCGGGCUCAGAAACGAUACUGCGGAGAGUAAUAUGGUGGUGGAUAUGGGGACGGGGUAUGAAGUAGUUUCUGCGGAGUAUUUGGGGUUGGAGAUUGUGGAACCGCCAUGGCUGAACUAUUACCGAGAAUGGGGUCCGAAGAUAAGGUAUGAUAUUGCAGAAAAGUUGGAGAAGAUGGAGAAAUAUUUGCCCAUGAAGUUGAAGAAGCUUUUGGAGAAAUUGGUCAGAAGUUUGCCAAAUGAACUGCUAGGAGAAGAAGGGCCCACUGGUCCGAAAGUGAAGAGCAACUGGAAUGGAGAUGAAGUUGUUCGUUGAUGUGAAGAUCAGUAUAACUCACUGUUGUUUCAUACGAAUAGCUGUAUUUGACUUUUUCUUUUCCUUUUUUUUUUAGGGAGAAUGACAAGUGAAAUCUAUAAAAAUAUUAAUAUCGAAUUAAUUUUUUUUAACA